AUGAGUGCUUCAAAAUCAGGUGGUGGAUCAGGUCGUGGUCAACAAGGUGAUUACCAUUGGCGUAAUCGUCAUGGUCGCGAUAAGGUUGCUAGACUUGAGGAAAUAUUCAAGGAAUGCACACAUCCAAAUGAAGUGCGACGCCGUCAAAUAGGCGAGGAGCUCGGGCUUGAUCCUGAACAAACUAUAAAUGAGCGAUUAGAUACAGAUGCUCUUCGGCUUGAGAAUGAAAGGAUACAAUCGGAAAACAACAAAAUGAGAGAGACUUUGGAGAAUCUUUCAUGCGGAUCUUGUGGGGGUCGAGCCAUGGAACCAGUAAAGCAUCAACUUUCCUUGCAAGUCUUAAGGGGGGAAAAUAUUCUAUUAACUAAAGAGUGCGAGAGGAUAACCUCACUUAUGGCAAAAAAUGGGAUAAAUAUUAAUCCAGCACUACUUCCUGUCCUUCCUUCUUCUUCAUCACAUGAUGCCUUAGGAGGAAGUUUACUAAAUCAACCAGUUGGAAUUCCUGCUCAUAAUCAAUUCAUUUCUAACCAUGAUAACCAUUAUAUUCCUGCCGCAAUUCCAACUCCUUUUCAGGAUAAUCCUAUUGUUAGCCCUCCUAGCCAUAAUCAAGACAUUAACCCUGCUCCUACCAUUGAUCAACACAUUCCUACUCUUGAUGAUCCCACUCUCAUUGGAGAUAAUUCUCCUUUGAUUUCAAGUUUUGAUUAUAAUAUUCCAGCUUUGGUUACUGCUCUUGAUCGAAAUCUUCCCGCAAUGAUUCAUCCUCACGAUCAAAAUAAUAGCAUUCCUUCCGCUGAGAAAGAAAUUCAUCAAGUGUCUAACAAUUCAAACAAUAACCUUUCUGCUCUAGAGUUGGAUGCAGUUCAAAUUCUAAACAAUGAUAUGUUACCCCAACCAAUGAAGAGCCUAAUUAAAGAUAUGGAUAGUGUACAAAUGUUGAAGAUUGCAGAAGAUGCAAUGGAAGAAUUGAUGAAACUUCUCAGUUUGAACGAGCCCUUCUGGUUUAGAUCUUUACUAGAUGGGAAAUUCAAUCUUCGGCAUGAUUGCUACAAAAGGAUAUUUGGUAGGAGCAAUUGCUUAAGUGGACCUCAUGUACGAAUGGAAUCGUCGAAAGAUUCACGAGUUGUGAAAAUGAGUGGGGCACAACUCGUUGAAAUGUUCUUAAAUUCGGACAAAUGGGUUGAUCUAUUCCCAACAAUUGUUAAAAAAGCUCAAACAAUUCAAGUACUUGAAAGUGGUUCAUCAGGAAACAGAAAUGGAGCUCUACAGUUGGUGAAUGCAGAAAUGCACAUUCUUUCACAUUUGGUUCCAAGUCGGGAAUUUCUCUUCCUUCGUUAUUGUAAACAAAUUGAAGUAGGUAUAUGGGUCAUAGGGGAUGUGUCAAUUGAUUCUUCAACAUACAAAACUACUGUUUCUCACGCUCGAAAGCUUCCAUCUGGAUGCCUGAUUCAAGAAAAGUCGUCUGAGGGAUUGUGCAUGGUUUCAUGGAUGGAGCACGUGGAAGUGAAUGAAAAGAUGCAAACCCACAAUCUUUUCAGAGAUGCUAUUUGUGGGAAUAACGCAUAUGGAGCAGACAGAUGGGUUAUGACCCUUGAAAGAAUGUGCGAAAGGUUUGCAAGCUACUCAGCUAAAACUAUACCUAGUUGUGAGACUGGAGGAGUUGUUAGAUCGCCCGACGUAAAAAGAAACAUAAUGCACCUAACGCAUCGUAUGGUGAAAAUGUUUUGUGGGAAUUUGGACAUGCAAGACAAUCCAAAUUUCCCAAAUUUAACCCGGAUGAACAACAAUGGGGUUAAGUUAUCCAUUCGCGUGAAUCACACAGGGCCAAAUGAGCCUAAAGGCACGAUCAUUGGUGCUGCUACCUGCUUUCGGGUUCCACUCUCUCCACAAAUUGUUUUCGAUAACUUGAUAGACAACAACAAACGAGCCAAGUGGGAUACUCUAUGCGAUGGAAGUGCAGGGCACGAGAUUCAACGAAUCUCAACUGGAAGCAAUCCUGGAAAUUGUAUUUCAAUCAUGCGGCCUUUCAUCCCUAAAGAGAACAAUAUGGUGAUUCUCCAAGAAAGUUAUGUAGAUGCUUUGGGAUCCAUGUUGGUAUUCGCUCCUUUUUAUAUGGAAGGAUUGGAUUUGAUCAUGAAGGGAGAAGACACAUCACUGUUUCCGAUUCUUCCCUCUGGCCUUACCAUAUCUUGGGAUUACCAAUCAAAUAAAGUUCCUGAAGGACAAUCUGGACAAGUUGGUCAAUCAAGAGGUUCGUUGGUGACUCUAAUGUUUCAACUUUUGGCAUCCAGUACAUCUAAAAUAGAUAAUGUAGACAUGAAAUUAAUAGGUUCUAUUAAUACACUCGUGACCUCAACUGUGGAGAAAAUUAAAGAUGCUUUGAAUUGCUCAAAUUCGAAGUAAUAUAUUUUCAAGAUGUACUUUAGUUUUGGAAUAAAGACAACAUGGAGUUUUGGCUAAUGUUCUACAUUGUAUUCAACA